AUGGCAGAGGCUAGUGAAGCAACCAAGCUAGAGGGCCCUCACGGCUUUUCUGAAUAUGCGGGUUCCGGAAAGCUGCAGGGCAAAAAUACUCUUGUCACAGGCGGAGAUUCUGGGAUUAGACGAUCAGUCGCUAUUCUCAUGGCCAGAGAGGGUGCGGAUGUUACUAUCGUUUAUUUGCCCUCAGAACAGCCGGACGCAGAGGCAACCAAAAAGUAUGUCGAGCAAGAGAAGCGGACUUGCCUUAUCCAAAGUGAUUUGAGAGAUCGCAACGCAUGUCGUCAUGCAUUAGAUGAACAUAUACGGCCAGUUAACGUACUUGUCAAUCAUGCGUCGAAGCAAUACCUGUGUACCCAAUUUGAGGAUGUCGAUCUGGAUAAGGCUGAAGACAUCUUCAGAAAAAAUAUCAUCCAGAUGAUUGCGAUGGCGAAGUUUGCUCUUCCUCAUAUGACACGAGGUGACUCGAUCAUCAAUACUUCUUCUGUUGUAGCUUCUCGUGGCUCUGGGACUAUGAUCGAUUAUGCUGCAAGGGAGGGAGCUAUCAUUAGUUUUACUAGGGCUUUAGCAACGCACUUGAUUCCCAAGGUUCAGGUGCGAUCUAUACAAGUCGACGCCCGAGAUGCCAAUCAGAUGGAAGGAUGGGGUCACAAGGCUGGUCUUGGACGGCCAGGUGAGCCAAGUGAGGUUGCGACAAGCUUCGUCUUCUUGGCUAGUGCGGAUGCUUCCCUAUACUACGGGCAAGUGAUGCACUGCUACCUGCUUGGUGACUAG